GAGAAAUCUAAAUAAAGUGAAUAGAUUCCUUUGUGAAUUCUUAAUUCUACCUUUAUUUAAAACAAAUCUGUGGUCCGAGGUGUUUGAAGAAACUUACUGAGGCGUGAUUGUAAAGAUAGCCAAAUGGGUUUGUUAACUAAGGGUGUGCCAAUAAGCUAUUAAAGCUUAAUAUUGGCCUGCUUUUGAGGAAUUGAAUGGCUAUGUAUUACUACGCAAGUAAGCUGAAUGAAGCAUCAUGUAGCGGGUGUAACAUUAAAGUGCCGCCACCACCCAGCGAGCCAGCCCCCGUCCCUCCACCACCCACCGACCAUGCUCCUCUUCCACCAGACCCGGCUCUGUUGCAUGGCACUGGACUGUCUUACUAUGAUAAUGAUGAUUAUUAUUCCAUGGUGAGAGGCAAUAAAUUUAUGACUGAAAACUCUUGUAAACAUCUUGUUAUGAAUGGUGGUUUAAAUUUUGUCACCCAAAAAGGAGACGCUACUCAGUUGUCAGCUGUAGGUGUAAAAACCUUAACAACAUUUGUGAAUUGCCCGGUGGAAAAGACAGACCUAGAGUAUAAAGAUGGGCAGCUUGUUAGUGCUUCCCUGGACUCACUGGUAGACAUGCUGCGGCCUGGAGCAAACAAAUCAUAUACAUUCACAUUCCUAUUAUGUUCCCGACUUUUUAUUAAGCCUCAUGAAUUACUUGGAAAGCUAUGUAAACGCUACUUCAAAACAUAUGAUAAGAUUGGAAGGGCAGAAGUAAAGGAUUUAGUAGAAAAGGAGUUAACAGAUAUGAGAGCACUUGUGAGAGUAUUGACACAGUGGACCAGUAUGUUCCCCUAUGAUUUCCGUGAUGAUAGAGUUAUGGCACUUGUUCGGAAUAUUACACAAAGAUGUGCAGCAGAACACAUGUCUUCAGUAAGGGUAGAAGUAUCUACAAUGUUGGAGAAACUUCUGGAUAAAUUAACAGCACUUGAGCAAUAUGAAGAAACAUUGGUUGAGAUACCUCAAGUGACAUCAGUAGAACAGUUAGCUCAGGGUGAUAUUCUGACACUUUGCUUAACACCAGCCGAGCUAGCAAACCAAUUGACCAUAGUGGAGUUACAUCGGCUGUCAUUUGUUGGGCCAGAGGAAUUUGUGCAAACUUUUGCUCCAACACAGCCACAACAACCAACAUCUUCUUGCGGGAAGACAGCCAUCAAUCUCCACCACAUUGACAUGAAGAGCACUAGAAAUCUGGAAGCUUAUGCUGACUGGUUUAAUAGACUCAGCUACUUAUGUGCAACUGAUAUUUUAAAGGCUGUAAAAAGCAAAUACAGAGCCCGAGUAAUAGAACAGUGGGUUAUGACGGCUAGAGAAUGUUUCAACCUAGGAAAUUUCAACUCCCUCAUGGCCAUCAUUAGUGCGCUGAACAUGUCUCCAGUAACACGUCUUAAGAAAACGUGGAGCCGCACGUCUGGCGUUUGCGGCCAGCAACUGCGUCAGUUGGAAUUAUGUGUUGAACCGAGUGGAAACCACGCAAGGUACCGAGCAGCAUUAGCCGCUGCACCAACUGAAACUGCCGUGCCGUUGCUGUCUGUCACGUGCAGGGACCUGCAUUUUGCUAAUCAAGGCUCGUCAUCAAAGUUGAGUGGUAACCGCGUGAACUUCGAGAAGUGUUCGCUGCUGGCGCGGCACGUGAGCCGGCAGCUGGCGGCGCGGCGGCUGUGCGGCGACGAGCCGCCGGCGCCCGCGCCGCCGCCGCCGCACGCGCCCGCCUGGCGCUUCCUCAACGACACGCCCACGCUCACUGAGACCGCACUGGAACUCGUGUCGUUCGAGCGAGAGCCGCCUGUUGACCACAUGGAGAAAGAACGAUUAAAACGUCUGAAGGCAGCUUAACUGACAAUCCUGUGAUUCUAUUCCACCUGAUAUUAUUGCUACUUAUCAAAACUUUAUUACUAGUGAUCUUUCCAGCACUUUAAGUACUAGCGGUAUUAUAAUUUAUUUUAGGCUGUAAUCUGCUUCAAAAUUAAAACAAAUGUAGACUAUGUGGGCACAGUCGUCAUCGCAGCAAAAAGACCCGUGUGAUGUUUUUAUUUACUAUUUGUUGUGAUGAUGACUAUACAAACGUGUUAUUAUUUUUACGCCUUUAAGAGAUUAAAAAUGGGGACUUUCAUUACGUACCUGAUUAUACAUACCUAUGUGUAUAUCAGAUCUGAUGACUUGUUUAUAAUUAUGAUUACUUAAACUUGCAUAUUUAUAUCUUUCUACAUUCACAGAUAUGAAAUUACACUUAAGAAAAGUCAGUGAAAUAUUGUUCGAUAAAUAACAGGAUAUGACAAUGUUUGCAAACAUUAAAAACAGUAGACUUUUUUGCUCUGAUUAUUACAUAUUUUAGUAUUGGCGAUACUAACAACUGUAACACUACACGUACGAUCAUAGCAUUUUUUGCUUGACAACAACACAACACUAUUUCCAUAAUGAUACAGUAGUAUUCAAUUUAUGUGCUGUCAUGAAACAAUAAAAAUAUGCUACAAUUAAGUAGGUAGGUUUGCAUAGAACAAAAAGAAACAAUUUACUGCCAAUAUUAUUUAGGUCAUACUGAAAGUUUUUAUGAUCUCAACUGUAGUAGAUAUGUCACUAUUAUAACAUUUAUAACACUUUGUAACAAGCAACUUUUCUUUGAAAAUACACUUCGACUGAAGAUACAUUAUCAGCUUGUAAAAUUCUAGAUUCUAGCACAAGAUAAUUUUCGAGUGUUACCCCCUUAUUCAUAAACGUUCACUAAAGUUAUCAAGCCGAUAAAGUUCGUUUGUCCCUUUUUAUCACACCAAUACGUCGGAAAGGGACAAACGAACUUUAUCGGCUUUAUAACUUUAGUGAAUGUUUAUGAAUAAGGGGGUAGAAUACAAAACGAUUGAUUUUAACUGUCAGCAUUCCUAAAACACAUGUUCAAAUGAAACUUACCUAAUUGUAAAAACUGAUAAAAUACUUAUAUUUUCAACCUUUUUUAUUCACUGUGUCGCUUUCAAGUGGUUAAUUAUAAGAACUUUCAUUAUGUGCCUGCCUAUUGUCUCGUUUUUUGCCAUAGGCUCUAAAUCGCUAUGAAUCCUGACAGCUAAAUGUUGUUGCUGCAGUCAUUUUACCUAAUUACAAUACAAUACCUAAGUAUUAAGGUGUUCAGAAAAUUAAAGUUAGUGUUUUGUGUACAUGUUCAAUUAAGAUAAAAUGAAGAUACACGUUACUCAAUUUUAAAGGUUAUAGGAUAGUUUUGAUAGAUAUAUGUUCAGAUUUACACGAUAAGACUUACUAAUUAACGACCUCUGUUCUAGUACUAUCGGAAUUGGUGUUUGAAAUUUGGUUUACCUGAUUAUGUACAAAAGUAUUAUGAAGGCAGCGUAACUAAUAAUUUUAAUCCUUUGCUAAAUACGUUAAAGACAUAAUUGAUGUAAAACUAAACAUUAACAUUUAUAUCUUUGUGUGUGUAUUUAUUUAAUUCAUAUCACUGAAUUGACCGAGACUAAUUUGGUUGACUUCUUUCCUUUUUCAAGUGUAUUCCUUCAAAUUACAUUUGUUUAAUAGUUAUUACUUACAAAUAAGAACCUACUUGUAAUAUUUCGGCUGCGCCUACGGUUUGAAUGCAGGUGUUUCCGAAGACCUGUUAAGUCUAAUUCAAAGUUCCUUAUACAGUAUUUAAUAACAAAUUCUCGCCAUUUUGACGAAUCUCCAUAAGUAUAUUUAAUUGUUUGUUUUUAUUUAAGUAUUUUGAAAUGAUCUCAUUGAAGGUGGAAAUAUAUUAUGAUUUACUGUGUGUGCAUGAUGAGUUUCAUGCGUUCUAUGUAAGUGUUUUAGUGUGUGUGUGUGUGUGUGAACAUGUUACACAGAUUCUAUUAUUACUCGAUGCUGAAUACAAUACAAUUGUAUCCCAUACUUUUUAAUUGUAUGUAGUUUCUCUAGAAAUUAUGUAUAGUUAUGUGACUUUUAAAAGUUCGUAUGUCAUUUACAUUCAUAGUAACUCUUGAAGUCUUGACUAGAAGUACCUGUACAUCCACCGAAUAUUUUUGUAUUUCGUAAAAUACGUUAUUGAUUGAUAUCUAUGUACUUAAUUAUCAGUGAUCGGGGAUUUGGAUGCCACACUGCGGGAUAUCAAGUAGAAACAGUGAUAUGGAUAUGCAGUAAGGCCCGUGAUAUUUUUUCUUAUGUCAUAGAAGACAAAGGAUCAGACCGUGCCGUAGCUCAAAAACAAUGAGGUUACAAAAAAGUGGUCGAAAAAUAAACGCAAUUCCCGUUUAGUGUAGGUAACAUAUUUAUAAAACAAACGAUAUUGAAUAAGCAAGUGUUGGUUAUGAUAUAGGUAAAUAGGAAUGAUUAUAUAAAAAUAACGAAAUUAGUACAGAAAUGUAGGUAUCAUUUACGUGUAAUAUAAAAAAGUCAAAACUUUUUUGUCACUAAGAAAAUAAUAUGUGUAAAUUUUGCACUAACUAUUUAUCGAUAAUAAAGUGAUUUUUAUAUAACACACAUAUUUCACUAUUAGGCCUAUACUAAAAUUAUUAAGAAAAAUAAAUUCAGCAGUAAUAACAAUGAUGAUUUGAUGUGACAUUUAAAACAUUGACCCGUCGUAGCAAUAAAUUGGUAAUAAUAUAAAGGUAGGUACAUAAUAUUAUUAUUAAAAAAAAACUGUCCUUUUUCUAACCACAUACAGCCAGGAAUCCCGCGGCAUAUCCAUACUAGCAUAAUGUUUGAGGUCAUUCACCCCGUGUGGCAUCCAAAUCCCCGAUCACUGUUAAUUAUUGUCUAGACAGUAAUCCAGGUCAAUGCACAAUCCGAGAUUAUUUUUCUAGUAGUGCACAUCUGCUUAUGACCUCUAAGGCACUGAAACUAAAAGCAAUCGCUGUUAUUCCAAUGAUGGUAUAAUUUAUACAAUACAUUACCAAACCUGCAUAAGGACUGGAAUACGCUGUAUAGCUAUUAACAUGUACUUACACCCAGAUUGUGUGUCCAAGUUUCAUCCUUGAGAAAAUGAGGAAGGUGUGGCGGUUCUGGGCUCUUAGUCCAUCUACAUAUACGUGUCCUGCCCAAUGUGAUCAUAAGGACGCGUGUACACGGUUACGCCUCCGCGCCGAUACUGCACCGACGCCGCACUGACUCGUGUACACGGUGUCGCCUCCGAGACGACACCGCACCGCCACCGCACCUUUCCGCUUGUCUUUAUAUAUUUCCAAAUAUUUGUCCCAUAGCACUUCUCUUUGCUCUACU